UCUCUCCCAAUUCAUGUGGAAAUCGGAAAUUCCUCGGUUUUGAAUAACCGAUAUUAAAGCCGGAGUGCAUAUGCUCAGCAGGUGGACUUAUUUCACCUCACGUAGACUUAUUAAGAAUUAGAUCAACACAAUCAAACAGAAAUAAAUAUAUGCUUAAGACCUUUAAAAUUGCAAUUCUUGCAAAAACGAGGCAUGCUUGCUACUCCUACUGCAUGCUAUAAGGUUGCACCUUAGACACUAUAUAAAUUGCUUAGUUUGUGCGCUGCUAAGUUUACUACCUGGAUUUACAGGACGAGCGAAUUUAAGUUCGAUUGGGAAAAAAAAGUUUUUUGUAAUUGGCGAAGUUAGCCCGUCAGUGUUACUUACGCAGUGUUGCAGUUAAUAACCCGACGACACUUUAAAAAACCAAUGGUAGUUAGCCAAUGCUUAAAAUCCGUAGAAAGAAAAUGUCGGCGCCUUAUUUUAAAAUGCCUGCCCAUCCUUUAUACGUUAGAAUUAAAGCUUAAGGUACCGCCUCCAGACUUUGACGUCACAGCGAGAGAAACUACAAUUUCAGGACAUAUUCUGAUCACCAGCAGUACAGUUUAAUGGUUUGACUGGUUGGCAUAACUCAGUGUACCGUAAUUGAAAUAUUCGACGCUAACUUAGGAAUUAAAGACACCCCUGGAAAUAAGUUUCAUUAUCUGGAUUGUACACAAUGAUGGAAUCAUUCCAAACCACCGCUUCUUCUUACUUGGGUAAUGGGACAAACAUGUUUCCUAACUACAUCCCACCCAAUACCACAACAGCUGACUAUUAUUACGAUUAUGAAGAUGAGAACACAGAGAUUAGGAAGGUACUUAACAUAAUGUCUCUCAUUGUGUACUCUGUGGCAUUUGUACUGGGAGUGCUGGGAAAUGGUUUGGUGAUCUGGGUUACAGGUUUCAAGAUGAAAAAAACUGUCAACACUAUAUGGUUCCUGAAUUUGGCUAUUGCUGACUUCCUUUUUACUGCAUUCCUGCCCUUGAGCAUAAUCUACACUGCUAUGGACUUCGACUGGCCUUUCGGCAAAUUCAUGUGUAAGUUCAACAGUACUCUGGCUUUCCUCAACAUGUUUGCCAGCGUCUACAUCCUAGUAGUGAUCAGUGUGGAUCGUUGCAUCUCUGUGGUACAUCCAGUUUGGGCUCAAAACCACCGUAGCUCCCACAGAGCAUCAGUAGUGAGCUUUUUCAUCUGGCUGUUUGCCUUGAUCCUGAGCGCCCCCUACUUUGUCUUUCGAGACACGGCACCCGCGAACCAUGACAAGGAUGUCAUCAACUGCUUCAACAACUUUGCCAUCUCAGAGCACAAUGAGACGUUGGACAUAACAACACUCAUUGCAUUCCGUCACCAGACGAUGAUUAUCACACGUCUGCUCUUGGGUUUUGUGGUGCCCUUCACUGUCAUCGUUUCCUGCUAUGCCAUGAUUGUGCAUAGACUAAGGAGAAACCGUUCUAUGGCUGGACGGACAGGACGGCCUUUCAGAAUUAUUGCAGCUAUCAUCAUUGCCUUCUUCCUGUGCUGGGCGCCUUACCACAUCCUGGUGUUUAUCGAGAUGGUCAGCCACAUGGAAUCAGAAGAAAGCAGCAGUCUGGAGCUUGUUGCCGUCAUUGGCAUUCCUAUAGUCUCCAGCCUUGCUUUUCUUAACAGUUGCCUUAACCCCUUGCUUUAUGUUUUUAUGGGUCAAGACUUUAAAGACAAGGUACGUAAGUCCAUUUUUACAGUGCUGGAGAGUGCCUUCACGGAGGAAGUUUGCCCUUCCAAUUCUCACUCAAACUCUGGAUUCAACAGCCAAAACAAGCAAACAUCCUUUUCUGAUGUAGAAGUGUGAGGACUAAUUUGACGGUCACUGCUAUGUACAUCGUAGCUUAAAAAUAAUUUCCAGAUGCUUUAGAAAGCAAUCAUUAUAUAAUUAUUGUGCAUGUAUUGUGUUUGAGCAUCAAGAAUGCUAAUCCCUUAUACAGGAUAUGUAAUGCAUAUACAAAAUAAGGUACUAUAACUACAUCAAGUACUCAGAAAAUUUACUUUAUACCUAUUCCAUCCAAUAUUUGAAAAUGUAAGUGAGACAUGGUGGUAAGAUGUCAUAUGUACAGUGACUAUCAAUAAAAUAACACAAGUUUUUUUCCAUAAAGUUUUUAAUUAUGAUGUUUAAUGUAGCUUACUAUGCUAUGGAUGCCAUACCUUGUAAAUACUUGGAAAUGUUAAUUCUGUCAGAGUAUAUACUGUUUUUUUGUGUCAAUAUACAGUGCCAAGUAUUUUCUGUGCAUCUGUUAAUCAAACUUGUUUCAGAUUCUUACAGAAUUUUUCUAAACUAUUAAAUGAUUAAUAGAAACCUU